AUGCUUGGGCGAGAAAUGGUUCAUCACAAGCUGUGCACACGCGCGCCAUCAUGGAUGAUGGAUGAGCGAGAAAAAUAUCGUCUUGUAAAAGAAGUUACUCCUCUUGCUGCCGCCAAUUUAAGGCAUGAUUAUGCUCGAGAAGAAAAGAAUAUGUUAUAUCUCCGACAUCCUUACCUUACUCUUGAACAAUCAUGUGGCCAUACCAAGCAUCUGUGCAAGCCGACUGAGAAAUUUGGUGACAUACUGAGGAAACAGCUUGAAUGGAAGAGAAAACAUGUCACAAUUGAAGAACGACUUCGUCAUUUGCGUGUUAGAGACUGUUGGGAUUAAUUCUGGUUCAUCAAAACAUUAGUAUUGCAAAUCGUUAUUUUAAAUGAAAAUAAAUAUUUAUCUUACUCAUUUUAUGAACCUUUUGAGUUAUUAAUAGGGUAAAUGUCUGCGGAGACUGGUUGUUUUUUUGUAGAAUUAUACUUGGAAAACCUAUAAAAGUUCUUCAUCCAAUCAAAUUUGCAUACAAUGUUUUCUCAAUAUUUCUUUUUUUUUUUUUACAAAUCUUGCACAUUUGGUUUUGGUGCUUUGACUGAAAUCUGUCAAUACAGCCAAGUUUGAAAAUAGUAUAUUUAAAAAGAAGAUAAAACAAAACAGUUAUAUGAAACUUGAAUGUCUGGAAACUAUUCACACGAGACCUUUGUAAUGUAAAUUAGAAAAUAAAAAAUUGUAAAAUGAACAAAAACUUAAGAUAGGAGAAAAUGUGAACAUGUACCACAAAACUAAUAUCACAUCAAUGUGUUAAAAAAUCAUAAUACAAAAAGCCUGUAAAGAGAGAUCAAGGAUGGUCUGGGUAAUACACAUUGCAUUUUGGGAGUUGGUGUACCACUUUUGGGUCCACAGUUGGCUCUAAUAUAAAAUCGUGUUCCAGUGAUAAAAAAUGUAUGAAUGUGACCUGUGCACCAACAAUAUUAAAGAAGUAAGUAAAGGCUUCACAGAAGAUGCACUAUAAGCGAAUAAGUUCGUCACAACAACUGUUAAUUCCCCCCAAGUUGUAAUAGAGUGAAGAUGUCUAAAUAAUGAUUAAGCAAUGUUAAGGAGAAGUAAUAUUUAUUGUGAUUACAAGUUUUCUGUUCUUACUGUUCGGUAAAUAUCUGUUGUCACAGUAUGUGGUAGUUUUGGGUCUGACCAGCGUGAGCAUCCCAAUUUACUAGAAUUUGUUGAAGAUGUUACAGAAAAUGUGUCACUUAUUUGUGCAUCUAAGAGAGGUGGCUUACAUCUUUAUUUAUAGUAUAUGUCCUCCCCUACAUAUGAAGGGUACAGGGGGAAAACGGUUUAAGUCCACUUUUGAUGAAAGUUAAGAUUUUACUUCUAUGCAAUUGCAGGAAUCUAGUACUACAUUCUUGCACAUUGAAAUGUGAAGUAAACAAUGCCUUGCACGGAAUUGCAAAAGAAAAGAAACAUAUUACCUUGCAUUGAAUAAGACUGUAAGAUUUUGAAUUCAAUUUCAUUGAAAUCAAAGUUUAAAGUUUGUUUUCCUUGCACCCUUCAUAUAAGGUCCUCUCAUCUUAAGUACAUGAAGCUAAAGGCUGGAGGGGGCGGGUGUCCGAGGUUAAGAAUGGGUGACUUCUUCAUGGAGUUUAUAGCAUGGUAAGUAGUUCAUACUGAGGAGUAUCCUGUCUGAACUUUGUCAAAAUUCAUAAAUCUUGAUUAUUUAUGAUGCUAGGAUAAGAGUGAGCUCUUAAGGCACAUUGAUUUUGAUUGUUCUGCACAGCCACCAAAUUUCAUCAUGAAGGGCAUGACAACACUGGUAGUUUUCUUGGAAUAUCCAGCGAGUGAGUGAGAAAUGAUAUGAAAGAGACGACAAAAAAUAACAAAAUUGGAAUUUAAAUAAAACACGAACUAUAAUGCGUAAUUAAUUUGUUAAAAAUUCACACCAGUACAUUAAUAGGGAGCAUACACACAACAAGUGUUCUGCAAUAAAGGUUAAUAAAUAUUGGCCUCUCUCUAUUUAAACGGUUUCUUUAAAGUAUUACUGAUGAUUAGAUCAGUUUGCUUCCUUUUAAAUCCUUAAUAAUACUAAC